AGCACCUCAUUUGUUUCAGUCACUGGGCUAUGUGCCCAAGAUACAAAGGUGAUAAGACCCAGUACCCACCUGCCAGCCAGUGGGGAAACAGUGCAACUCACCGUUGGAACGUCUUUGCAUAGCCCCAUCCUGGAAGAAGCUCUGUGAUGUGUGGAUCGUGAGUUUGCUCAAGCAAAUUGGACUCUUUACAAGGAAUAGCUAGAUUUGAGGACUAGGAUGGAAGAGCCAGCACCAGUGGAAGGCCAGGGCCAGCUCCCAAGCCCCCACCAGGGCUCUCUGAGGAAAGCCAUGGCAGCUGCCCUGGCCCUUGAUGGGGAAUCCACACUGGGUCGCAGGAAAAAGAAGAAGAAAGAGUCCCGCCCAGAAUCUAUUAUCAUCUACCGGUCAGAGAGUGAGAAACUGGAUGAGGAGCCUGGGGAAUUAGAAGGUGGAGAUCAGCCUAAAGAGGAGGAGGGAGAUGAUUUCCUAGACUAUCCUGCGGAUGAUGGUAUGUGGAACAUGCCUGUGGACAGCCGCUAUGUCACAUUAACUGGGACCAUCACCCGAGGGAAGAAAAAGGGGCAGAUGGUGGACAUCCAUGUCACGUUGACAGAGAAGGAGCUGCAGGAACUCACCAAGCCUAAAAUGUCUUCAAGGGAAAUGGCACCUGAAGGCAGAAAGGCCUGCCAGCUGGGAGCAGACCGUGGGCCCCACGUGGUCCUCUGGACGCUGGUCUGCCUGCCUGUGGUUUUCAUCCUCUCCUUCGUGGUCUCUUUCUACUAUGGCACCAUCACCUGGUACAAUAUCUUUCUUGUGUACAACGAGGAGAGGACCUUCUGGCACAAGAUCUCAUGUUGCCCUUGCCUCAUUCUCUUCUAUCCAGUGCUCAUCAUGGCCAUGGCCUCUUCCCUGGGCCUCUAUGCUGCCGUGGUCCAGCUCUCAUGGUCCUGGGGAGCAUGGUGGCAAGCUGCCCGGGACAUGGAGAAAGGCUUCUGUGGCUGGCUGUGCAGCAAGCUGGGUCUGGAAGACUGUUCUCCCUACAGCAUUGUGGAGCUGCUUGAAUCUGACAAUAUCUCAGGCACUCUGUCCAACAAGGAUGCCACCCAGGAGGUAGAAACAUCCACCGUCUAAACUCCCAACAACUUACUUCAUUCUCUGGUCUCAGUAGCCUGUAUAUCAUCUUCCAAUUUCAGAAUAUUCCUUCUUUAAAUUAUUCCUCCCCCCCCUUCCCCCAUACACAGUUCUUCUGGAAAAUUUUAGCCCACACUGAUCUGUCCUACCAUCUUGUUGGUUUCCAGGAGGGCAGGAAACAGAAAAGCAAUUUGUGCCCAAAUAGUCCAUCCAAUGGAUAAACUCUUCUUCAUUCCUUGCCUUAAGAUGACCAUUUAUCUGAGACAAGGGAGCUCAGGUGUAUGUCAGUUCAGGAGCUUGGAUGUGUUCCUGGUGCCUGGAACCCAGGGGAGAUGUGACUAAAUGUGACAGGGAGAAUAAGGAGGCUCAGGGGAGACCAAGUCCACCAAUAAGAUAAUAGAUAGGGAUGGAGUGAAAUAUUUAAGAAGCAGGCUGCAACAGUGUAGCAGAAUGUAAAGA